GUAGGAAGUGAUCGCACACUGGGAAUUUCUCUUGCCAGCAAAGCUAGUGCCUCUGUGCACCAGCUGUGAUCCUUCACACCCAGCCAGGGUCUAGUGGCAGCCCUGAGCAAACUGAUGCCAACUUUCUGUAAACAGCCAAUCAGUCCGUCCCUUUGCCCCUCUCUGAUUAAGGGGAAGUGGACAUUAGGGGCCCAAUGGCUUCCCUACUUGACAACCUAACAUCGGGGGAACCCCAUGACAAUAGUACGGAAAUAUCCAGCCUCUGGGAUGGCUCAAACAAGAAUGAAAUCCUUGGCAUUAUUUUAUCAAUUAUUGGAAGUUUCCUAAUAAGUAUAUCUCUUAAUCUGCAGAAAUACACACAUGUACGAUUAGCGCAACAGCAGAAUCCCAUCCCAUAUUACAGAAGCAAGCUCUGGUGGUGUGGAAUCUUACUAAUGGGAAUUGGUGAACUGGGCAACUUUGCUGCUUAUGGCUUUGCCCCAGCAACACUCAUCGCCCCUUUAGGAUGUGUCGCUGUUAUAGGAAGUGCAGCAAUCUCUGUUCUGUUCUUAAAAGAAUCUUUGAGGGCCUCUGAUGUAAUAGGUGGGACCUUAGCGAUUACGGGUACAUAUCUUCUGGUGACAUUUUCACCAAAUGUAUCUGAGGAUGUAACUGCACUGAAAGUAGAGCGAUCUGUUAUAAGCUGGCAGUUCUUAGUUUACUUGGUCCUCGAAGUUAUUGUGUUCUGCAUCUUGCUCUACGUGUACAGGAGAAAAGGGGUGAAUCAUAUUGUGGUUUUGCUACUUCUGGUAGCUUUGUUGGCCUCGGUGGCAGUGAUUUCAGUUAAAGCGGUUGCUGGCAUGAUAGCGAUGACCUUGAAGGGGGAGAUGCAGCUGACAUAUGCCAUAUUCUACGUCAUGGUUGUUCUAAUGGUUGCUUCUUGUAUCUUCCAGGUCAAAUUCUUAAAUCAGGCAAUGCAGCUUUACAAUGCAACGGAGGUGGUGCCAAUUAACUAUGUGUUCUUCACAACCAGUGCUAUACUCGCAGGUGUAAUAUUUUAUCAGGAAUUCCGAGAUGCAGCAUUAUUGAAUGUAUUUAUGUUUAUAUUUGGGUGUUUUUUGUCGUUCCUUGGAGUUUUCUUAAUAGCUAGAAAUCAAGAGAAACGUUCUUUCCAAGAGCCGUAUAUAAAUUUUGGAGAGAUUCCUGGAAAGGAAACCAUGGAUAAAAUCCAACCAAAUUCAAACAGCGUUACAUAUGGGACUCUGCUUAAUUAGUUACUCACACAGCAGCUAAGGCAAAAUAGAUGAAAGUGAGAGAAACAGGGUCAGAGAGAGGAAGCGUUUAUUUAUUGCCCAAGAUUUUCAACACUGUGUCAUGUCUGCGUGUCGGAUACAUUUCUGCUCCUUUUUUAUGUUUAUUUUUGUUUCAUGAAUCUUAAGUUUUCUCUAGACCCUUUGAUGUCUUUACAGUUUCAAAUCUCCAAUGCUGUACAAUCUACAUAGCUUAGUCUGGUCCAGGUUUGCUAAUGAUAAACUCAAAAGUGUUUCUGCAGAUUACUUUCUGUCCUGUGGAAAAUGGUUUGUUUCUGUAACAUCUUCUCAGGGAGAUGGAAGUUUUGGAGUUUUCAGACUCUAAAUGCUAACAAUACAGAGGAUGUAAUGAGCGUUUCAUGAUACCUCAGGGCUAUAAGGACGGAUGGCGAAGCUGAGCAAAUGUUCUGUUUGAAGAGAUUGCAUACAUUUCAUUAACAUGUCUCCAGUUUUGGGAUCAUUGAGAGUUUAUCUAGUGUGCCUCUCAUUGUUCGCAUAUAAUUUCAUAAACCAUGCUUAAUAUAACCUCCUAGUGUCCUUAUUUGGCUGGACAGCUUCUAAGGCAGAAGGAAAAAACUUUUUUUGCCCAAAUAAGUAGAAAUUCUGGUGAUCUGAGCAUAUUGCCUGCACAGCCGAAAGGGCCAGAUUCCACUCCUUAAAGCUGAA